GGUUGUUCGGUGGCUCUGGAGAUUUGGUGGGUUGGGCAAGCAUUCCGGUCUGGUCGGUUUUAGCAGAACAUAAUCAAACCUUGCCUCCCACUUGGUUACCUCUUGAAAAGCCCCAAACUGGCAAGUUUAUCAAUAUGGAAUGUGGUUAGUGUCUCUGUCUCUUUAUAUAGCUGGCUCAUAAGAUUCUUUAUUGAAAUUGAAAUAGAAUUGGGUUUGUGUUUUCCUUUAGUUUUGGAUUUAGCUCUUUGACAUAUUAUGGACUGAAUACUGACAAUUUAGAUAGAACAAUCCAUUUGAUUGCAUGAUACUGCAUUUUCUGUUUUGGUUUUUAGUGCUGCCACUGAUGUACUAAAUAAUGAAUUCUUAAUCUUUUAUAACAAGAGAGUUCCCUUGUGGAAACUGUAAAUUUGAGAGUUAAUUUAUGACAGAAGUACUUUGUUAUAGCAUUAAAACUGAAGGAGUGUUUUCCCUUUGCACAGGAUUGCAAGUGACUGUUUUCUUUAUUUACACUGGGACUCGGUUGUUUAUCUCUGAGCAAAGUUAACUCCCAACCAAUUGAAUUGCGUUGUUAAUUUAAUGAUUCCCUUCUCGCGGCUGAUUCCCCCCCCCCCCCCCUCCUUUUUUAUUUACUCUAAAUUUGCAACGAAAUGGAAUAUUAUAACAACUUUUGAUUGGAUCCCUUGCAAGUUUCAGACUUUUAUUGAUUGUCCUCAACUUGGGGAAGCCAAACAAUUUCAAAUGACUACUUGUUUUCUAGUCGAGUUUGAGGAUCAUGAUUGCUUCUCAACACAAACAAUACCGGUUGCAGGGAAAAUCCUCCUCUCUUUAUCUCUUAAUGGAAAAGCCCAUGGCUCUUCUGUCAGUCAUUUUCUUUCUUCAAAUUCAAGUGCUAAGAAUGAGGGACAUAAAGAUAAAGAGGGUCUACUUUUGUCUUCUCAUGGUAUGUAUUGCUCCAAAGCUCCAUGCCUAAAGAAGGCAGAAGGGAAGAAACUAAUAAAGACCAUUGCAAAUUGUUUGGAGAGAGUUUUCAAUAAGAAUGAGGAAGUCUCAAGAGUUGAUAAUUCUUCAGAUUCGGCCACUGCAUCAUCUGAUUAUGAGGACUGUGUGGAGGAACAUUCAUAUAGCUGCAGCUUUGAAGAAGCUAUGGAGAUAAUGAAAUCAAGUGACAGCAAACAAGAAAUGCCAGAAAACCUCCUUGGAGGAAUUCUUCUUGAUCAGAUUUAUGAGAUAGCCCCGUAUGAUCUCAAUAAGUUUCUUUUUGCACCGGGUUCUCAGUUUAGGAAGGACUUAGCAGAAUUGCAGGGUACAACAGAUGUAGAAGAGGAGUCCUGGUCUUGGAAAUCAGGUAAUAUGUCUCAUCUAGCACGGACUGUUACCUACACAAGAGCUGCAACAAAGUUAGUUAAGGCUGUUGAAGCCACUGAGGAGCAGACCUAUAUGAGAGCAGAUGGACGGGAAUUUGCUGUUUUGGUAAAUGUUAGCACACCAGAUGUUCCAUAUGGAAGAACAUUCGAUGUUGAAUUGUUAUACAAGAUAGUGCCUGGAUUUGAACUAUCUUCAGGAGAAGAAUCAUCCCACCUCAUAAUAUCAUGGGGCAUUGACUUCCAUCAAAGUACCAUGAUGAAAGGUAUGAUUGAAGGAGGAGUAAGACAGGGAUUGAAGGAGAGUUUUGAUCAGUUUUCCGACUUGUUGGCUAAACAUUUUAAGAUGGUGGAAUCGACAGAUUCGUUAAAGAAGGACCAGGUGCUGACAACUUUGGAAGCAGAACAUCAGUCGGACUGGGAUUUGGCUUACGAGUACUUCUGGAAUUUUACUGUUGUUUCCUCAAUUUUUAUGGUCUUCUAUAUCAUCCUGCAUAUUGUAUUAUGCGAACCAAGCCAAGCCCAAGGUUUAGAAUUUAGUGGACUUGAUUUGCCAGACAGUUUUGGACAGCUUAUCACUUGUGCAGUUUUAGUCAUUCAAUUGGAAAGAGUAUAUAACAUGGCUUCACAUUUCAUACAAGCUAGGAUUCAAAGAGGUAGUGAUCAUGGAAUUAAAGCCCAAGGUAACGGAUGGAUUCUUACUGUGGCAUUAAUUGAAGGGACCAAUUUGGCAUCCUUGGACUCAACAGGGUUUUCAGAUCCCUAUGUGGUGUUCACUUGUAAUGGUAAAACAAGAACAAGCUCUGUUAAGCUCCAAACUAGCAAUCCCCAGUGGAAUGACAUACUCGAGUUUGAUGCUAUGGAAGAGCCACCUUCAGUUCUAGAUUUGGAAGUUUUUGAUUUUGAUGGUCCAUUUGACCAGGCCACCUCACUUGGCCAUGCUGAGAUCAAUUUUUUGAAGUGCACGUCUACUGAACUGGCAGAUAUGUGGGUGUCCCUUGAAGGAAAGCUUGCUCAGUCUUCUCAGUCAAAGUUACACUUGAGAAUCUUUUUAGACAACAACAAAGGUGUUGAAACAAUUAAAGAGUACUUAACAAAGAUGGAAAAGGAAGUUGGUAAGAAGUUGAAUUUACGAUCACCUCACAGGAAUUCUACGUUCCAGAAACUGUUUGGGUUACCACCAGAAGAAUUUCUUAUCAGCGACUUUACUUGCCACUUGAAGAGGAAAAUGCCUUUGCAGGGAAGGCUCUUUUUGUCCGCUAGAAUUGUGGGUUUUUAUGCCAAUUUAUUUGGACACAAAACAAAAUUUUUCUUUCUUUGGGAGGAUAUUGAAGACAUCCAGGUGCUUCCCCCAUCACUGUCUUCUGUGGGUAGCCCUACACUGGUCGUAGUUCUGCGGAAGGGUAGAGGUGUUGAUGCAAGGCAUGGGGCGAAGGCUCAAGAUGAAGAAGGCAGGCUUAGAUUCUAUUUUCAGUCAUUUGUGCCAUUCAAUGUAGCCAGCAGAACAAUUAUUGCCUUGUGGAGAACAAGAAGACUGACACCUGAGCAGAAAGCACAAAUUGCAGAAGAGCAGCAGCAGGAUCUAGAAGAAACUCCCAUUAUACUUGCAGACUCCGGAUCCCUUUUCGAUGUUGAAGAGGCAAAGAUGUCCAAAAUUUAUUCUUCCGAACUGCCUAUCAGUGUAGAAUCACUCAUGGAAAUAUUUGGAGGAAAGAUGGAGCACAGAAUAAUGGAAAAAUCUGGAUGUCGUAAUUAUACAACUACCACUUGGGAAUGUGUGAAGCCUGGCAUUUUUGAACGACAUAUCUCUUACAGAUUCAACCACCAUGUUUCAAUCUUUGGAGGGGAAGUCAGCUGCACACAGCAAAAGUAUGCCAUGGAAAAUGAUCGAGGGUGGGUUGUUAAUGAGGUCAUGGUGCUCCACAACGUACCAUUUGGUGAUCACUUCCGUGUCAAUUUUAAGUACCAGAUUGAGCAAUCUGCCCUUGCUCAUAUUGCAUGCAAGUGUGAUGUUUAUGUCGGGACAACUUGGUUGAAAAGCACCAAGUUCCAGCAGAGGAUCACACGAAACAUAACUGAGAAAUUCACACAUAGAUUGAAGGAGAUAUUUGAAUUGCUUGAGAGAGAAGUGCUUUUUGCUAGUCAACAAGAUGGUGUCAUCUCAGAAAAGUUGGCUGAAAAUGUGUUAACAGAGAAGAUAUGAUUGAAGGAAUUUUGCACCCAUUACAGAUCAUUUUCCUUUUUUCUCAAUUCCCCCUUGCGCUUGCCGGAGGCGGGUUUUCUGUAGUUUAUAGGGUAAGCUCACUGCUGAUUCUAUUUGCAUGUGGAGAUGGAAUUGGAGAAAUUCCCUUAUUCCAUCAAUCAUUUAAAAUGAAAUAUAGGACAUUGAUUUACAGAGAGCAGUUGGAAUGGAAGGAUGUUGUAGGCGAGGUUCUGAUGUAACGUUUUAACUUCCUGGUAGUCUUAUAGAAAGUUAUGGAUGAACUAUAUAGUUAGA